AUGCACCUUAAACAAUGCUUCAGUACCUCUUUCCAAAGGAGAGCUUUAAAAGCAGAGCAUCAACAAGAGUGCCACGAAAGGUUCUCUCUGAUGCUGCUGCACCUGCAAUAUGAAAGAAUGAUUUAA